AUGUUCUCCUCGUCUUCUUCUGCAGAUCUUCAUUUGGCCGCCGAAUUGGGUAAAAAUUUACUGGAGCAGAACCGAGACUUAGAAGAGACUCUCCAACAGAUGUGCAUCACCAACCAGGAACAGAUACAGGAGAUAGAGUAUCUUUCUAAGCAGGUGGAUAUGCUGAGGUCGGCGAACGAUCAGCAGGCUAAACUCUACGAGCAGCUGGAUUCCACCGCACAAGACCUGGAGCUGAAAAACCAACGACUGGUGCUGGAGAACAGAGCGGCUCAGAUGAAGAUCGAAGGGCUCACAGAGACGGCAGAAGGGCUGCAGACUCAGGUGGAGGAGCUCCAGAGAGACAUGCAGAAGCUGAAGCUGGAUUCUGCUGAACAGAACCGGUCCAGUGAUCGUGAUCCUGACAGUGUUCAGGGUCUCCUAUGCUGCAAGGAGAACUGUCAGUUACACAAGGACUUUUCCCAUGAGCGCUCUGUUUCCACCAGCCGCUCGUCACUGAAGCUUGAGGAACAAGACGAGUGCUGGGAGCUGAAGCGCUCGGUUGAUUCCCUGCAGGCGCAGCUGAGCACAGAGCGCGCUCAGAGAGAGGCGGCCGAGCUGGAAGCUGAUGCUCUGGUGCAUGAACUCAGCCAGCUGGAGCCCAAAGUGGCGCUGCUCGGAGUCUACAAGGAGCACCUGGCCGAGAAGGAGGCUGAAGUCCAGGAGCUCCGCCUGCUUUUGCGCUCGAGCAAAGAUAACAUGUUCCUCCCAUUGGAUGAUGAAAUGGGCGGGGCUGGACACAGGGGGCGGAGCCUGCGGCGGUGCUGCAGCAGCGAGAGGCAGUUGCUUAGUGAUGAGCAGCCUGCAGUGAAGCAUCAUGGUAUCUCUCUUCUAAAUGAGGUGGAUGCUCAAUACACCGCCCUGCAGGAGAAAUACGACACGCUGCUGCGCCGCUGCAAUGGUGGGAUGUUGUCAGAGAAGCAAAAAACUGGCCAAACGUGCACACACUCGCCGGGUGUAAACACACAGAACGAUUCCCAGCAGCCCGAGUACAAGGCCCUGUUUCAGGAGAUUUUCACCUUUAUCCAAAAGAGCCAAAAGGACCUGAAGGAGAACAGGAUCAAUCCCGGUCAGGUUGAAUGAGGCACUGAUCUGUGUCUAUAGCUAUAGAACUAGUAUAGAAACCUUAAAGGUUUGAUACGGCAGGUUUAUCCCAGGUACUCUCUUGCUUUUAUUGCCACUUUUAUUACCUGGUGGCGAGUGUAUAUAAAGCACUUUUGUAAAUAUUUCUAAAUGUUACUGUAAA